AUGGUUAGCUUUACAACAAAGCUCAACGAUGCCGUCGCAGGUAGCAUUGUAGGACGACGAUUUCGCCUACAAGGCUCAGGACAUAUCAAGACUCGCAAGAAUGCGCGCUUCUUGACCGAGAUUCGCGCUGGUCUUGCGACAUUCUUUGCAAUGGCCUACAUCAUCUCCGUCAACGCAACCAUCCUGACUGACAGCGGAGGAAUUUGUGUCUGUACCGACGCCAAGGAUCCGACUUGCGCAACUGAUGUCGACUACACUCUCUGUCUCGAGGGCAUCCACCGAGACUACAUUACAGGUACUGCAGCUAUCGCAGGCUUCACCUCUUUCUGUAUGGGCCUUUUUGCUAAUAUGCCAAUCGCUUUGGCGCCGGGAAUGGGCUUGAAUGCGUACUUUACAUACACGGUCGUUGGCUUUCACGGAACAGGUCCGGUCACCUACGAGUUGGCUCUUACUGCUGUGUUUGUGGAAGGGUUUAUCUUCGUAGCAUUAUCACUUCUUGGAAUGAGACAAUGGCUUGCUCGCGUUAUCCCAACUUCUAUCAAAUUAGCCUCAUCAGUUGGUAUUGGGCUUUAUCUGACUAUUAUUGGUAUGACUUACAGUGCUGGAAUUGGCAUCAUUACCGGAAACACCUCUACCCCGCUUACACUUGCGGGAUGUCGAAUCGAGGAACAAGUUCAAGGAGUUUGUCCUGGAUCCACCAAGAUGCGGAAUCCGACUAUGUGGCUUGGCAUCUUUGGCGGAGGCUUCUUGACUGCUGUUCUCUUGGCGUACAAAAUCAAAGGAGCGAUUAUCGCUGGUAUCCUGUUGGUAUCCGUAGUCUCUUGGCCUCGAUCAACAACCGUCACCUACUUCCCUCACACUGCCGUUGGCAAUGAUAGCUUCGACUUCUUCAAGAAAGUGGUCACGUUCCACCCUAUUACAAAGACGCUCGCUGCUCAGGAUUGGAACAUUGCUGGUAUCACUGGACAAUUUUGGUUGGCGUUGGUUACUUUCUUGUAUGUUGAUAUCUUAGAUUGCACUGGUACACUUUACUCCAUGGCUCGCUUCGCUGGAGCAAUCAAUCCAGAGACUCAAGAUUUCGAAGGCUCUGCAAUUGCUUAUCUGGUCGACGCAUUUGGAAUUUCCAUCGGCUCUCUCUUCGGACUCUCUCCCGUCACUACUUUCGUCGAAUCAGGAGCUGGUAUCUCCGAAGGUGGCAAGACAGGCAUCACAGCAAUGGUCACCGGCAUCUGCUUCUUCAUCUCCAUCUUCUUCGCACCGAUAUUUGCUUCUAUUCCCCCCUGGGCUACCGGCUGCACGUUAAUCAUUGUUGGCGCGAUGAUGGCCUCUGUUGCUAGGAGCAUCAACUGGAAAUACAUCGGAGACUCGCUACCAGCCUUCAUCACGCUGGCUGUGAUGCCAUUCACAUACUCCAUUGCCUACGGUCUCAUUGCCGGUAUUGUCUCAUACAUCAUAAUAAACACCACUGUCUGGUUCAUCGAGGUCGUUUCCUUUGGUCGCAUUGUGGCGCCAGACAAGGAGUUCAAGGAAGCGUGGACGUGGAAGGUCAAGGGCGGUUUCCUCCCAGCUUGGCUGGUGAGGGCUACUAAAGGAAAGAAGGACUUCUGGCACGAAGAGCCAUCUAGUGGCCUUUAUGAGCUAGACAGUCGUAGUCCUUCAGCCGACGGAAACAUCAAUGACUGGCCAUUGUCCAUUUACGAUGCUUUGUCCAAGGCUCGGAUUGAGAGAGAGAGCUGUGUGCACCAGCUCAGUUCACAAGCGGAGCCGAUUUAA